GCAUUGUGGCUAGGUGUAGGUGGCAUCAGCAAAGAUGCGGCGGCGGCAGGUGUUUGCCUUGGUGUGGCUGCUGGUGACAGUGGGCUUGUUUGGCUACGUGGCAUACCUGAAGGCUCAGAACAAGGCCUUCUCCAGUCUGGUGUCGAUGCGUGAGCAGACAAAUCGGCUGCGACAGGAUGGAGUGCCGGACAAUGGCAAUGGCGACGAGCCUGCCAAAUCACAAGCCACCUCGAGGUCUGCCAAGGCACUUGAUGGCGCUCCCGGCUACGGCAUCACGUUGGAGCUUGACAUGCCGGAGGGCUACAUGAAUGAUCCCAUGUAUGAAUCCCACGACAGCAUGUUCAGAAAUUAUGGCUACAACAUCAAGCAAUCCAUCGAUCUGCCCUUGCACCGUAUUGUGCCGGAACACCGCAGCCCCGAGUGCGCGGCUAUCCAGUACCCAAAGGGCAUGCCAACGGUCUCCGUCAUUAUCAUCUUCUUCAACGAGGCCAUCCCCACCCUUUUGCGGAAUGCCAUGAGCGUCAUCAACCUCUCACCCCGUGAACUGUUGGGUGAGGUCUUGCUUAUCGACGAUAUGAGCACCCUGCCAGAGCUUGAUCACCUUCCCAAGCAUGUGGACCGCAUCAAUGCACAGCUGCCCAAACCGCUGGUGCGCCUUGUCAAGCGCAACGUGCACGACGGCAUCGUAGGCGCCCGCAUUCGUGGCGCCCGUGAAGCCACCCACCCGAUUAUUUUAUUCUUGGAUAGCCACUCUGAAGCCACGCCCGGCUGGUUGGAGCCUCUUGUGGUGCGCAUCCACGAAGAUCCCACUCGCGUGGUCGUCCCGAACAUUCGUGGGCACAACCUGGAGACGCUUGAUAUCACGCCUGGCGAGCUAUGGCCACCGGCCAAGGGCAGCUUCAAUUGGCGCUUGUCCUUCACCAUCGUCCAAGCCUCAAUUCAGGAUGAUCUAGUCGGUGACGGCCAUCCUCACACGCGCCCUAUUCGCAGUCCCAUCAUGCCUGGUGGUGCGUCCUGCUUCGUUUUGCCGACACAGGCCCCAUAUCUGGCCGUGGCUCGUGACCUUUGUCCACGCCAUCUCAUGGUUCCAUUCACAGGAUUGUUUGCCAUGGAUCGCAAGUUUUUUUUCCAGCUGGGCGAGUAUGACCCAGAGAUCAAAUAUUGUGCGUCUCGCACUUGGCAUCGUGCGCACAUUCAUGGGCACAGCGCAAACGUCAUCUGGUCCCUCGAUGACCACAACUUCUCACAUUCAGCUUUUGCAAUCAUAGAUGGCGGUGAACACAUUGACCUCUCCUUCCGCACAUGGAUGUGUGGGGGUUCGAUGGAGUGGGUGCCCUGUUCCAAUGUGGGUCAUAUCUAUCGCGAGUUUAACCGCUUUGGCAUGGAUCCAACUCUGAAGAACGUCAACGUUGGCGUGUACCUGGACCGCAACGACAUUCGAGUGGCCGAAGCGUGGAUGGACGACUACAAAGCAUUAUUUUACGAUUUCCGGCACCUGCAUGGACGCUCGUUUGGAGACAUCAGCGAGCGUGUUGCCCUCAAGUCAAAGAACAAGUGCAAGUCCUUCAAAUGGUUUCUGGAUAACGUGGCAUCCGACCUUUUUGUGCCCGAGAUUAAUGCCAGCUCUGUCAAACUGACCAACGAUGAGGCUAACCUCUGCCUGGCCAAUCCCGAUGUCGAUGAGGAUGGUUUUCCCAAGAUUCAGUCGUGCACGGCUCACAAUGAUCGUCAGAAAUGGGUCAUGACCAAGGACGGCUACAUUUACUUGAACAUGUAUCCACGCCACGCUUUGCUUUGCUUACGCGUGGAAAGCAUCUCCCAAGUUCCGUGUGCCAAAGGCCUCAAGCUGCGCCAAGUUACUGCGGGUGCGGGUGUGCAAUUCCAGCUCGAUAGCAACCCAACUCUCUGCCUUACACGCUCCACGGACCACAAAAUUCAGGUCGCGGCCUGUCAUCCAACAGACUUGAGCCAGCAGUGGACCAAGACCCAUACUUCAGAGACCGAUGCGCAAUUCAAGGGUCAUGUGUUGAUGGGCGCGGACAGUGGCAUCUGCCUUGAUAACAUGCAACGCCAGCGAGGGCCACCUGGCCUGUAUGGGUGCCACGGCGGGGCUUCCCAGCGCUGGCUGUUCAAAGACGGCUACCUGACGAGCCCGUAUGUCAGUGACGUCUGUCUGGGUCACGAUUAUCAAGCCACUUUACAUCCAUGCCGGCCCAAGGAUGUACUCUAUCAGUGGGACCACAUGCCUGACAAGACGCUGCGCCCCCGUGACAACAAGGAUGCGUGCUUGGCGCGCAUUGAUGAGCACACUGUUCGCAUCGACACGUGCAAUGCCGUCGAUGGGCGGCAGUGGUGGCGCUCGAUGCCUUGGGGCAGCUGAAUGGAUGUCCCGCAUUGAACUGCUGACGAAUUGCCGCCCCCCUGAUUUGUUCUGGAUGAUACGAGGUUAGCGCUUGCGCCUUCUGGCCCACCUCAAACUUGCAAGGAGAUGAAGCUGUAGCUCUUUCCAAGGCUAAUCAAAGGAGAUCCUGCAUCACACUCUUCCCACCUUCCUAUGUCCAGCAUGCAAUGUAAAUUCACAUGUCAAGUAUUUC